AACCAGCGCUAAAGCUGAGCUAAUGGGUGAGUGUCAAGUGAAGCGAGUUUAGAUCCAACUUGCAUGCAUGCAGCGCUGCAGAAUCCCUGGCAGUUGGUUAUACAGUCUCAGUUGGUCGGAAGCGGACACGUGGAGUGUGCGGCGGUGCUGAGGAGGAGAGACGGAGCGUUGAAAGCAACGUCUCUGGCCUACCAACCCUCGGAGGAGCUCCUGAGAGCCAUCUCUGUCGCAGUGAGCGACCCAGCCAGCGCCAGAGAACACGGUGUCCAGUUCAAUGGAGCCUCGUAUACAUGCGUCAGAGCUGAUCAGUGGGCCAUCUACGGAAAGAAGAAGACGGGAGGAUUUGUGGCUGCCGUGAGUGGGCAGUUCAUAGUGUUUGGCAGCUACUCCUCGACCAUGUCUCCUGCUGUGUGUGCAGAGUGCGUGGAGAUGUUGGCUGAAUACUUCACCAAAAAGGGGAAAUAAAGUGCAGCAAUAUUGGUCGAGAGCAGUGCCAUCACGACACGAUUAAAUAUUAUGACAAGCAUAGUUCGGAAUAGUUCUUCUGUUGCGUGUGCAUAACAUGUGUCCUUGAGCACAAAUUUUAUCACUCUAAACGUUCCUUCUUGUCUGAGAAUGUAUAGAAUGAUAAUGAAGGGGGUGUGAGGAGUGUUAAGAUGUGAGGGGAGAGAGACGUCCACAGUUGGAAAUCUGGCAGCGUUCGAGAGGUCUUUCAUUGUUGGUCUCCAGUCCAGCCAAUCUCUGGAGGACCCGACUUCCCUCCACCACCCUCCUGACAGACAGGGACAGUCCAGUGCUGCAACAGAGAGGCUGUGGGACUUACCCAAAGGCCACAUACUGUCUGUCCAUCCAGGGAGCUGGGGCUAGAGUGAUGUAAAACUGAGAGCUGUUGGUAUUGCGACCGUGAUUGGCCAUUCCCAGCACUCCUGGACUGAAGUGAGACACUGCAUAGCACUCGUCU